GCGGCUCGGCUCAGCUCAGUGUGUGCGGUGGCAUUCAGCCACGUGUCGUGCCGUGGGUUGUAGCGCCAUCAGUGAUCUCUUGAUUGGUCGUUUCUCCAUCUGCGUGCGUGGCUAUUGCGCACUGAACAGGCAGAAGGCCACGUGCUCUACCCCCAACAGGAGAUCGUUCGGAUACGUCGCCUGGCUGUGCUGGUACUUGCCCAUCACUUGUGCCCGCCCUGUCUUCUCUCGGUCUGGCGAUUCGGUCGUCAAGUGAUUGCGAGGAGAGGGAGGGAGGACGAUUGCCUACUCUAUCGGUAGGGAAGUACGUGGUGGGGUGGCCGGUAGGAAGGUGCGUGGUGGGGUGUUGCCAGCCACGCUUGGCGCGCAAUAGCUAGCUUGCUAGCUAGCUAUAGCUAAUCUGCUCUUGGAGGUGGCUGACUAAUGGGGACUUGUGUUUUCCCUGCAUAGCCUGGCAGUGUGCGGAAUCGCUCGACGAGCUCCCGAUGAAUCAUCAUCAAGUAUUACAUCUCACCUACAGAGAAUGCCGUGUGUGGCAUUUGCUGCCCUGUUUUCUGGGUGGUAAUUGACUUGGCCGUCGGCCGUAAGACACUUUGUCAUCACCUGCCUGCCUCCUCUUUUCCUCCUCUGCUUUUGCUGUCUUCUUCUCUAUUCCGAAAGCAUUCUUCGCUCUUCUCCUCCUUAACCAUAGUGGAGGCUUUUGCAUUCUCUUUUCGAUCGUCUUCUAUCAUCAAAGCACUCCCUUUCACCUCCUGAGCCACGGCUCACCUCGGGAUCAUCAUCAUCAUCACGUUUUCCUCCUGAUGAAAGCAAUCAGGACGCGAAAGAGAGGGAGCCAGCGCCGCAAAGGGGCGAAACGCCGUGACACUGAUAACCAUGAAUUUACGAUUGUCGUGGAAUCUGAUGUUUCAAUGAGGAAGACUGCACACUCAUCGGGAGAAUAGCGCUGCAUGGUUGUGCACUCGCAUAAUGUAGCGGUCCAGAGCCAUCGGCACAGGGGAAGGUGCGCGUGCACACAAGACGUCGAAAAGGUUCUGCAGGCGCGCGACUGUGCGCGCGAGCGCGCGGAUGUCUAGGAAGCAAUACUGAGGGACGAAGAUCGAUCCACACAGGGGGUGCAUACACACACACAAACAGACACACACACACACACACACACACACAGACACAGAGAGAGAGAGAGAGAGAGAGAGAGAGAGAGAGAGAGAGAGAGAGAGAGAGAGAGAGAGAGAGAGAGGAAGGAUUUGGGGGAAGAACCAACAACAGCAUCUGCGGGAGAAGAAGAACGAUUGAGUGAAGUGUUGUUUUCUGCGCAACGACGUGGUGGGGGAGUAUGGGCGUGUAAUUGAUGUGCUGGCUGAUGGUCACAGGAGCGUAAGUUAUUUGAUUCAUUUGCACAGCGGCAAUUGUCAUGCCACAUCACGGCCUAUGCAUGGUCAUUCUUCGAUCAUCAGUGAUAACUAUCGUACUCCUUCAAUUGCCAGGACAGUAGUUGUCCAGCCAGUUGGGUAUUUAUACACCAUCUCGCAAGCACGGAUAUACACAGCAACACAGAGAGAGAGAGAGAGAGAGAAGGUUUGGACGACAAAAUCGAAGCAAAGACGGGGAAGAAGUGGAAGAAAAUGCAGCCGGUGGGGCCGACGCGAACGAUAGCACUGGCGCCGAUGUUGCCAGAGAUGGGCGCACCAUUGGCGGCUGCGCCUCCCGGGUACGCUUAUUGUACUCCGAUAGCGCAAUACUACCAGCCGGGAUUACAGUACCCUGCCGCCUCUACGGCGGCUGGAAAUGGAAGGGCGUCAAAUACAGCGGCUGGGACGAGGAGCGGUGUUUGCGCUUCGCGUCACAUGGCAGCGGAACAACGACGACGAGCUCGUAUAAAUGAGAGAUUGGAGGCCUUGCGAGGGCUUGUGCCGCAUUCCGCGAGGGCGAAUACGGCAGCGUUUUUGGCUGAAGUCUUUGACUAUAUAUCAAAGCUGCAUAGACAAUUAAAUCGACUGGGAGCGAAGCUGAUAGACCUCAACGUUGCCGCGACGGCGAAUGGUAACGGACCAGAUCAGGAUGAUCAGAAUGACGAGCCUCCAAGUUCCCCGUCUCUGCCCAGGGCAGCAGCGGAGAUGGCCUUGCCGGCGGCGGCGAACAGUCACAACAGCACGGGCGGUGCCGUUGGUGGCGGCAGCAGUGGCAGCAAGCGCGGGCGGGAAGCUAUGUCUUCCAAGUCUCAUCACCGGCAGAACCGCAAUGGUGGGGGCAUCGCCGACGCCGCUGCCUGCGGCGCUGCCGCUGCCGCUUUGAAAGGUAUAGGGACAGUGCGAAGCGAGGACGACAGUGAUGUUGAAACGGAGAACGAAAAUGAACCGGAGAGAGAGUUGGGCACAUGUCCGGAAAUGGCUAUGGCGGCUGCCUCCUCUGUCCUCUGGAAUGGAUCGGAUGAUGCGCAGCGGUGGGUCGGGCGCAACUCUGGCGCCACGAUUGCCAUGUCCGCCGCCGCGCCAACUGUGGUCGGAGGAUCGAAUUCUGCGUCGGCGAUGAUGGAGCGUCAUCCUCAUCAUCAUCGUUUGACGCCCGGCAGUCCGUCGAUUACGCCGUCGUCGAACGGCGGUGCGUCUUUGUCGACGACUGUUGGCAUUUAUCCCAUAGCUGGCUGCGCUGGCGCGGGCGGGGGCGGGGUGACCGCCGCUGUCUCCGCGCAAUCCACAGCGACGACGCUAUGUGACGACGGGGGCGCUGAGCAGCAGCUUCUACCGGGGGGACCUGCCACGUCAUCCGUGGGGGGAGAGGUGGGAAGAAGGUCGGGAGAGGACGGGAUGUCCCACCCAUUCUGCUCGCUCGGUGGUGGCUGUGGCGGUGGUGGUGGUGGAGGAGGGGGAGGAGGGGGAGUCUCGUCCAUUGGUUCCCCAACAUCCUCAUCGGAGAUCGGUGGUGCCAUGCAGCGGCGUCACGACGACGUAGCGGGGCUUGAUCCUGAGACCGGCAGUCAUCUGGCUCUUGGCGGCUCCUGCGAAGAAUGUGACACGACCAUGACGCUUGGCCUCGGCAUGUCCGUCAUAGGUACUAGCAGCAACAGCCGUUCGUUUACUCUUGCGCAAAGGCGGCAGCAUCAUCAACGGCAAGAGGAGGACGAGCACCACGCAGAGGCGUCGCCUGACGGGCUUCUAGAGCGGUCAAAUAGAUUAAACAUGCAUGAGCAAUGGAUGGCAGAAUGCGUAGCUAACUCGGUCGCAGCAACAGCAGCCGCAGCGGCGGCAGCAGCAGCCGUCACUUCAGGAACGACGGUGGUGGCUCUUCCUCCCACUUCCUCGGCGGCGUUCCCUCCUCUCGCGUUGAUGCAGCCUUCGGUUCCCUUGCUGAAUGGGCCGUCGGUUGCAGCUACGGCGACUAUGAUAGACGGGGCGGUAACUGCGCAAUCUUGGGGAGCACUUGCAGCAGCGGCUACCAGCCAGAUGUACCCACCCAAGAAGCGCAGGCGCUCAACCCCGGCUGAGACCUGUGGAAUAAGCUCGAGGAUCAUUCAAGGUAUUCAAAGGCCUAUAGCUAUCAAACCCCAACGCUGAGUAGUAUGCAGAUGGAAGUUGUCGGAGGCAAUUGUAACGGAUUCAUGGCAGCGUCUUGCCAGCGGCUCUAUGGAGUGUGCAUCAACGGAGACUCAGAAGGAAACUGAGACACUCUCACUCGUAGACCUGCACACACCCACACAUACACACACAGGCAGAGGACACAUGCACAAAUAGAUACAAACACAGAGAGGCGUCACCACACAUCUUCCUGACGGAAGUGUGUCAAUUUUCCAAAAGAGCUUUUGCUGGCUAUGGUCUGAAGGAAGCUUGGCGCGUUAAGCAACCCGACGUGAUGCUCCUAGAGGAGGACAGAGAACACGAGGCAGCGGGGGACUUUCGAUGCCCUCGGCUGGCAGACAACAGGAAGAGAGAGAGAGAGAGAGAGAGAGAGAGAGAGAGAGAGAGAGAGAGAGAGGAGUGCUGUAUUGCUUCUUUUGGUGGAGUACCUCCACCUGGCUUUCUUCUCCUCCUCCUACCUAUCGCGCAAAGCUGUAAUUGCCAGUGUGAGAGGCGAACCAGCACGGCAGUGACGGUUGGUACUCGGCAGACUUUGGCUGUGGACGGCGAGGCAUAAGUGCCUUCGUUGCAGAAUGAAGGAAGGACAGGAAAGAGGAGAUGAGGCUGUGCUGCCGGCGAAAUGCUGGCUCGUGUAGCAGUGGACAGGACAGGGUGCUCUCACUCUGGGCUCUUGAUGGCCAGAAGGAUGUAUGUGUCUGCCAGCGAGGAGGGCUGGAUGAGGCGGCAAACAUUUUUGUUGGGGAUGUCAUGGAGUUGACCGGAAGAUCAGGAAGGCUGUAUCUCAUACUCAAUCGAGUGUCGGGCUGGAUCUUGUGCUGAACAAAGGCCACACGAGCUGAGAGAUCUGCAGCAAAGAACUUCACUAAUAUUCUUGUCUGGGAGAAGGGUCUCGGCAGCUGGAGAUACUGCAGGCUCAGCUAGUAACAAGACUGCUGUGCUUUUUUUUUCUUUUUCUUUUUUUUUCUGUCCACGGCGGUAGUCCCAGCAGGUCAUUGAGGAUGUAGAGGCAUCUUUCUGCGUUUGUUUUUUCUCCUUUUGCGUUUGUCUGCGUGUGCUUCUCACCUGCAGUUGGGUCUCCCCUAUGGCUCAGCUUUGCAUGCUCUGCGCAUGUUCUUUAUCCUCACCCAGCUGCGAACAACGGUCUUCGGGACGACCCUUUUGCGAUAAAAAGUGGAGGGAAGGCAUCAGCUAUGCAUGCGCUCUUUAUCCUUACCCAGCUGCGGACAACGGUCUUCGCGACGACCCUUUUGCGGUAAAAAGUGGAGGGAAGGCAUCAGCUUUGCAUUCGCUCUUUAUCCUCGCCCAGUUGCGAACAACGGUCUUCUGGACGAUCCUUCUGCGAUAAAAAGUGGAGGGAAGGCAUGGUGGUAGCGACGAUGAUGCUGAUAAUGCAUGUCGUAAUUCUGAACAAGAUAUGAAGUGAGCUGUCCUUGUGAAAGUUGGGUUUAUCGGAUGAGGUUCUGAUGGCUGCAAAGUUGUGCAAACUGAUGCAUUAGUCGCUGUAUUCUCUCGGUGCGGAGGUGAUGGUGCAGUAUUGCAUUGCAGGAUGUCUUUGCAGAACGGGUUACACUGCAGGCUUGCAAAUGUUAGAAUGGCUUAAAUUUAGAUAGGUAGUGAUUUGGAGUCCCGGCAGCUUACACGAUGUAGGCAACAAUAUGCAUGUGGUUUAUUUUCUCCUCGUCUCUUUGGAAAAGAUGGAAGGCUGACAUAUCUGGCGGAACCGCUCCCGUCCGUUCGAGGAAAGGAAAGAAGCACUUCCAGAUAUUAGGGCUUUUCUAUCCCUGUCUGAACCAUGCAGCCGGUCGCUCGUCCCCCCUUUUUUUUUUUUUCCCCGGUCACUCAUCUCCUGCCCAGCAGUGCAGGCGGAGAGAGCACAAAGGCAGUGCGUUCUGGUGUGAGCGAUGGUGUUUGCUGAUGGCUGUCCGUGACUGAGCACCUCUAUAUCGACCAUGCACUGCUGGACGUUGUAGCCACCAGAUGUAACAAAUGCCAACCAGCAGA